AUGUCUGAACAUAUUGAUACAACUCGACUUCAAUCGGAUCUUCGUUAUCGUUUUGAUUAUCUAUCAAAAUUUCUUAAUUUUACAAAAGAAGAUAUCACUCUACUUAAUUCAUUAGCACCCAUUAUAUUUCCACAAAUAAAAUUUAUAACCGAACAAAUUUAUAAUAAAUUAUAUUCAUUUGAUGUAAUAAAAAAAUACUUUCUUCUUCGAAAUAAUGAUUUCGAAAGUUUUUCACGUGAAGAAGAAACAAAUACAACUGUUAUAUCAGCACAAACUGAUUUUCGUAAAGAUAUGUUAAGUGUGUAUUUAAAGAAAAUUUUUAUUCAAACCGAAUGGAAUGAUAUAUUUCUUCAAUAUUUAUCACAAAUUGGUGAAAUACAUACCGAAUCUGAUCAUACAGAAUCAACGAAUGUUGAUUAUAUACAUGUUAAUAUGUUACUUGGAUAUUUAGAAAGUCUAUUAUUUGAUAUUAUAUGGAAGGAAGAAAGUUUUGAUAAUACAAAGAAACGUUUAAGUAUACGAACAAUAAAUAAAGUUUUUCGAAUACAAAAUGAUUUUUUUGCAAUGCAUUAUGGAUUUUCACUUGAACAAGGUAUAAAUCAAAAUACUCCAUUAAAAAAACAAACAAAAUGUUUAUUUAAAUAA